AUGGAUGUGAAAGUUGGGUUUGUGAUUGUUUGUCUGUGCACUUUGGCCAUCACCUCCAGUGAAGCUGGAAUUCCAAAAUGCUGCAUGAAUACAAAGAGUGACAUCCGGCCACGAAUACUGAUGAACGUUCAAAGAUGGGAGAUGCAGGAAAGCAACAGUGCCUGUGACAUCCAAGCACUUGUCCUGUAUGUAAAGAACUUCAAAAAGCCAGUAUGCGCUCAUCCCAAUUUGAAGCGAAAACUGAAGACCAUUCUGAAAAUAAAGGACCAGAUAGCACGCCAACGUCCUUCCUAG